AUGGAGGUGGCCGGCGGGGCCGACGUGGCCGAGUCCAUCGCGCACUUCGCGCGCCGCAGGCAGCGCGGCGUGUGCGUGCUCAGCGGCGCGGGCACCGUCACCGACGUCGCUCUCCGCCAGCCCGCGGCCCCGGGCGCCGUGGUCGCGCUCCGCGGCCGCUUCGAGAUCCUCUCGCUCACAGGAACGUUCCUGCCGGGCCCCGCGCCGCCGGGAUCCACAGGGCUCACCGUGUACCUUGCGGGCGGGCAGGGGCAGGUCGUCGGCGGCAGCGUGGUCGGCACGCUCACCGCGGCGGGGCGCGUCAUGGUGAUGGCGUCCACGUUCGCCAACGCCACCUACGAGAGGCUGCCGCUGGACGACGCCGAGGAGGAGCCUGGGCAGGCGCCGCUGCUGCUGCCUCCCGGCGGCCCGGGCGGAGGGCCGCCGCUGAUAAUGGGCGGGAUGGCCGCCGAUCCCUCGGCGAUGCCAAUGUUUGGUGGUGGCGCCGGCGGCGUGCCGCCAAGCCUCAUGCUAGGGGGCGGCGCCGCCUCCGGUGCGGGCCUGCAGCUCGGGCACGAGGGGCUUGCAUGGGCUCAUGCACGGCCACCGCCAUACUAG